AGUCUUUGCUCUGUCAAGUGCCAUGCAAAUAAAAUUCACAAAAAUAAAUAAAAUAAAUUGUUAAUAAUUAAUGUGCCUUGAACUUGUCUGUGACUUGUGACCUAGAAGCGAGAAGAAAAUAAAAUAAAUAUUGAAACAAGUGCUAAACGUCUAGCAUGGUCAACUCUUACCAAUAAAGUCUACAAUCUAUAUAUAGAUAUAGAUAGAUAUAUUUAUAUAAGUCAGCCUUAGAUUGAUGCAAAGAAUUCUGCUUAAAUGCAUACGGAUAUUAUAAUUGGUGAUCAAUUUGUCGCCAGCAACAACUACUGGGUGAUGCAGUCCCCGGAACUGGAUUAUCGGCACGAGCUGAUGGGACGCCUGCACAAGAUUGAGCCGGCUGAUGUGGAACUAGAAGUGCUCGCUGCUGCUGCUGCCUCCAACAAUAACAACAACACGAACAACAACAACAACAACAACAACAGCAGCAAUAGUAAUAGCAACGGCAGCAGCAGCCAAACAGCGAACAGCAACAGCUCAGCAGCAGCACAGCAUCAUCACCACCAUCAGCUUCACCAUCAUCACCUGCACUCGCACCACCAUACGCAUACGCAUGCGCAUGCGCACCACCACCACCAACAUCAUCAUCAACAGCAUCAUCUGCACCACAGUCUGCAGAGUGGGGAGAGUGGUGCAGCCGCCUUAGAUGCCUGGCACUUGGCUGCCUCCAGCUAUGCCAGCGACCAGAGCCAUCAGCAGCAACAGCAACAACAACCCGCCGGCUCGCCCAACUCCAACUCAAAUUCCGCCUAUGGAUGUGCCCCGCUCUACGACGAAGCGCCCUACGAUGUGGCACUGGGCUACGGAGCGGGCGCCGGAGCGGGCAACACAACAGCAACAUCAGGCAGCGAGAAGGAGUAUCUAUAUGAAACCAAAAACAAAGAGGCUCUCUUCGGCGAUCCACUGGAUGAUCCGUAUCAGCGACCCGCGCUCUGGGACGAUAUUACCACCUCAAUACAGAAUAUCGAUCCGGAGAAUGCGCUCAUGCUGAGCGCCAGUACAGUGGCCAAUGGCAGUGAGAAUGCGGCUGCGAAUCAGGCGACACAGCAGCAGCAGCAACAGUUGCUGCCACAGGUCAAAAUGGAAGCAAUAGAUGAAACACUGCUCGAAACUUUCUCGACACCAAUGCUCAGUCCCAUGGAGAUUAAAACUGAAAAGCAGCAGCGACAACAGCAGCAGCAGCAGCAGCAACAACAACAGCAGCAGCAGCAAUACCAUCAGCAACAACACCAGCAGCAACAACACCAGCAGCAGCAGCAACAACAUCAGCAACACUAUCAGCAACAUUAUCAGCAACAGCAGCAACACUUGUACCAGCAUCAUCCCAGCCUCUCGCUGUCCGGGCUGCCACCCGCUGCUGAAGUUGUUGAGCUGCAGCUGCAGCAACAGCAGCAACAGCAGCAACAGCAGCAACAACAGCAGCAGCAUCAGCAGCAUCUUCACAGUGGCAGCAACAGUCCCAAGCAGUCAGCCGGCGACAACAACAACUCUGCCUCCUAUCAGCAACAAUACGCAUCUCAGCUGAACAGCGCAUCAGGCGCUGCAUAUCUAAACAGUAGCAGCAGCAACAACAGUGCUUCUGGUGGCACCACCAGCAGCGUUGCCACCAGCAGCUCUGGCGGCAACAGCAGCAACAACAACAACAACAGCAGCUACGGCUAUAGCUGGCAUAGCAGUCAGACCUUUCACACCAAAUACCAAAUACACCCGUCAUCAGCUGUUGCCACAGCGUCACCUACCACUGCCACGCCCACAGCUCAACAUGUGCUGCAGCAGCAUCAACAGCAGCAGCAGCAGCAGCAACAGUUGCAGCUCUGUCCGCCAGCCGCGCCCAGCACGCCCUCCGCCACGUCCGCUUCCUCCUCGGGCAGUGCCUCCUCCACGGGCUCCGGCUCGACGCGUCACAUGUUCGUGCCACCACUAACACCGCCCAGCUCAGAUCCCGGCAGUCCAGGCGCCUCCAUGGUAGCCGCUGCCGCUGCUGUUGCUCAGGCACAGAGACGCAGCACGCCGCCGCCGCCCUAUCAGCAGGGCCAUGGCUUGGCUGGCCUUUGCCCCAGCCUGGUGAAUCCGCCGCCCACGUUGCAGCUGCUUGGCGCUGCCACGCCCACCACGCUCACAACACUAACGCCCGCUAAUGCCGCCAUCGUCCAGCAGCCAGCGCCACCGCCGCCGCCGCCACCACCAUCAAGCAGCGGUCGUCGCGGCCGGCAUGCGCAUCAUCAGCCCGGAACGCCGGCGCACAUAGCUAGCCUGAUGAGCGUGCGAACGGUGCGCUACAAUCGACGCAACAAUCCGGAGCUGGAGAAGCGUCGCAUCCAUCACUGUGAUUUUGUGGGCUGUUCCAAGGUCUAUACGAAGAGCUCGCAUUUGAAGGCGCAUCAAAGGAUACACACGGGUGAAAAGCCAUAUACUUGUCAGUGGCCCGAGUGCGAAUGGCGCUUCGCACGCUCCGACGAGUUGACAAGACACUAUCGCAAACACACCGGCGCCAAGCCCUUCAAGUGCAUCGUCUGCGAGCGCAGCUUCGCGCGAAGCGAUCACCUGGCCCUGCACAUGAAGCGACACCUGCCGAAGAACAAGUGAGGGAGAGAGCGCGCCGUCUAUUCCUCCCUCUCUCUCUCUCGCCCUGUCUACAAAUUCAACUAUAUCACAAUCCAAAGGACUUUAGUUAAGCUACAAAGUAAUAAUGCAUAAAGAGAAAUUCGUUUAGUAAAUGGUGUUACUAUUAAAUAAUUCGAAACCUGAAUAUAUAAUAAAAGCUUUUCGCACUCAAGGGAGAGCAAGAGACAGCUCUCGCUCGCCCGCCUCGAGUGCUUAGCGCGCUUUGCAUAACUCAAGUUUAAUGCUAAGUAAAUGAAAUUUCCACCUGCUUAACUACAUAUUAAUGCAAAUCUUAAAUCUAAGCACGAUCCUAACUAAUGUUAACUCGUAUAGCCUACACAAACGCAUUCAAUACUUUCCCCUCCCUCCCUUCUC